AUGCGUCCAUCGUUUAACUUCCCUGAAGAAUUUAAAAUAUUCGACGAUCAACAUGAGAAUCCAGUUGUUGGUAUUCAUGUCCGACGUACGGAUAAAAUAAAUACUGAAGCGAGUUUUCAUAGUUUAGAAGAAUAUAUGACUGAAGUUGAGAGCCAUUUUCAAUUCAUAGAUGCCAAACGUCAAAUGAUGUCUAGAACUGAAGAGUGGAGAAAUGACAUCAAAUCGCCGUUUCGUCAUAAUGUAUAUCACCAAUUAAAACCAGUACAACGACGUGUGUAUAUAGCUACAGACGACCCUAGUGUAUUUAAUGAAACUAAAUUAAAGUAUCCCAACUAUAUAUUUUAUGGUAAUCGCGGACGUGCUAAUUCAGCUUCUGUCUUCAGACGAAAAAAUGAAGAUUCUAUUAUGGGUGUGGUAACUGACGUGUUCGCUUUAUCAAGAACGAAUUAUUUAGUUUGCACUUUUUCUUCACAGGUUUGUCGAUUAGCUUACGAAUUGAUGCAGUCUAAUCAUUUAGAAUUAGGUGAUGCAAGUCAACAAUUUCGUUCAUUGGAUGAUAUAUAUUACUUCGGUGGACAACAAGCCUCACCAUAUGAAGUAUUAAUAUCAAGCAAAGAACAUGGUUUGUCUCCUGGUGAUUUAGUCCACUUCCAUGGUAAUCAUUGGAAUGGUUACGCAAAGGUUGAAAAAUUGAAUACUAAUCGUAAAGUAAUGGCACCAGCAUUUAAAUUCUCUCCAAGAUUAAUAACUGCUCCUAUGAUCGGUGCACAUGGAAAUCGGUCUGAAUUUAUUAUUGAUUAUAAAUAA